UAAUCGCAGCGGUGUUGUUGUGCUCCACCGGUCAGUUGUUUCCGUCGGACACUAAACAACCAAAGGACAAAUUUGCAUGAUGUUGUAGCACAAAUUAUCAAAUAUUUAUUCUAAAUAACGACGAUGUGGGUCGCCAGGAGAUUUCUGUCGUUGCUCGUCAAGAGAGCUCAGUAUGCGGGGCCGUCUGGUUUGUUCUGCGGCCCUCAGCACGGUUCCCUCCCCGAGCUGGAGCUGCGGUACCUCCAGUGCACCUGCUGCUGGAGAAGCCGGGUUCCCGUGGCGGGAUUUGAGACGUUGAACGGCACCCUGUCCUCCUCUGAUCCCUGUAAGGACGACACCGACAGACCCCUGGACGCCUGCUACACCUCCGAGCAACGGGACGCCAUCCUCCAGCUCCUCAACACCGCCACGAUGUCAGAGCUGGCCGGCGUGAAGCUGCUGAGAGGCCGCAAGUCGGUCAACAUUGUGGAGUACAGGACUAAAAACGGACCCUUUAAGACGCUGGAAAGUGUGGUGAAAGUGCCGCUGCUGAAGCACAAAAGCGCCGUCAUUGUCUUCAACUCCAUCCUCAACCCAGUUAAGAAGGAGAGGAAAGUGAGGAUACAGCUGGCCAAGUUCAUCAGGCCAGAGGUGGACAAGUCCUGGCUGGAGGACGCCAGCUCCAUAGUGUCCAUAGUAUGCGGGACGAAUAAAAUCGCCUGGGCACACGUUGACCGUGGAAUGACUGUGUUGGAGUGGCGACAGAAGGAUUGUCACAAUUUCUUGAAAGGAACAUACUUGGCUUCUGCUUAUUUGUAUGAUGUCUCUUCAGUUGUGGCACUUCUCCCAUCGGCGGACUUCUACAUCAUAGAGAAGUCCCCCAUCUCAGUCCAGAAUACAACUCUGUUCCCUGUUAUGGCCCAUAUGAGGACGGUGGAGGCCAUGCUGUUUGCUCUGCUGGAGCCCAAAAUCUCCCCAGAAGAUUCUAACCUACCUCCCAGGGUGCUCAACAUGAUGCGGACUGCUGUCGGACGUCACUUUGGACUGAUGGUGGGCGAGUCUCGGACCAGCGGAGCGCAGACAGUGCAACAGCUGAUGACUGAAUCGGUAACACAGAAGCUUCCCAGGAUAAACUUUCCCCAAGAUUUGCUGAUCAAGCACAGGAAUUCCUUUCAGAUGGGAAGCAGAAGAGGAGGAGAGGAACUCUGCGACGCCCUGCUUCAGGCUGUAGCGUUCUAUGAGCUGCUCAGUGAAUCUUCUUCACCACCAGUGGCGUGCUAAGCCCUGUUGAACUUUCCUGAACAGAUUUGACGGGGAUUAAUGAUACGUUUAAAGAACCGAAUAUUCUUACUGUUACUUAAAACACUCAAAUGCUGUUUUUCGGGAUUCUGAGAAUACGGGCAGCUUCUGUGUUUUGGUAUUUUUGUAGUUGACUUUGACAGUUAUCUCAAAUCUUCCAGCCGCCUCAGAAUUUUCACUACCAUUGGUUUGUGUUCAAUAAGUUUUCUGGGUUGCAUUAAAAGAAUGAAAAGUU